GAGUGAGCGAGCAGGAGUUAUCCAAGCGGUGCGAGGGGGACCCGACAGAGCCCGAACACUGCGCUGUAACGGGAGAUCGCACUAGUUGCGACACGGGGCUGAAUGAAGACCAACAGAGGGGCAACCUAACAUUCCUCACAGUUCUUGGUUUUAUGCCAUUAUGGUUAGAAACGGCGUUCCUGUGAUUAUUAAGCUACUAAAAUGCUGUUAGAAUUUGGACCUGGAUUCCGUGGAAGAAAGCUCCGCAUUUAACUGAACCCAAUAUUUUUCCUCUCCAUCGACUGACUUAUGAGAAGCUUUUUUUCACAACCAGCAAAGAAUACACUUGGGGUUUUAUUCAUAAUAACAAACAAACAAAAACCACAGAGAACUUCAUGUCUGUUAAACAUAUUAUAUAUAUGUUUUUUUUUUUUCGAAUGACAUUUGACCUUGUGAGGUUUUUGGCAGACGGCUGGUCAUCUGUGGGGAUUUUGGGAUUUAAACUUCUGUGAACGACUGCUUCAUUUUAAUAUGUGGAAUUCACUGGACCACGUAUUUAAAGAUAACUUUUAACAGAAUGCCUUGAAAUAAGGAUCUCCAGCAGAGUGAUAAGUGAUCCACCUCCGCGAUAUUUGAUUUGAUUAAAAAAAAAAAAAACACGUUUUUUAAUCUAAGCACACGAUCAACCUAAAGCUCAGUUUGAACUCUGAACGUAGAUUCUUUCAGCACUGCCAAACUGUAUUUGGAAACCAGUCUUUACCCCACAGCUUGCUUGCUAACAGUGAGAACAGGAGAGAAGAUCUUAUCACAACUGAACUGAAAUUUCUCAGUUGAAAGGCAAGUGUACUGAUUCAGCUAUUUUUCAGCAAAUAUUACUUUUAUUAACGACUUUUUUUUUUAAAAUUAAACUAAAAUCACUCGGGAUUAGAAAAAAAGCACUCCAUCUUGCAAUCAUGAGGAAAGCAAAUCGCAGAAGUUGCAGAUUCUCUGCAGUGCUUGGAAGAAGUGGAAACUCGUUCAGACAGAUUUAAAGAAGAGCUUCUGUGACAGACUGCCACCUCCAUCACUUAUCCCUAUACAAUAUUAUCAGCAGACUGGCACCUGUCCCUCCUCCCAGACUAGCUGUUAAUGUGACAGUCCAGCAUGGCUUCUCGGAGUGAGCAGACAUGUUUUCCCAUCACCAGUGGUGGUCCCAUCGAUGUUAACAACAACAACAGCUUCUUCUGCAACCAGAGUUGGCAUAAGACACCUCCCUAUUCCCCCGAAGCCACUGCUGUCUUCGCCACGGUGGUCACCUUUAUGAUCCUCUUCACGAUCUUUGGGAACGUCCUGGUGAUUAUCGCCGUGCUGACGAGCCGUUCCCUGAAAGCCCCGCAGAACCUCUUUCUGGUCUCGUUGGCCGCCGCUGACAUCCUGGUCGCCACCCUGAUCAUCCCCUUCUCUCUGGCCAAUGAGCUGAUGGGCUACUGGUACUUCAAGACGGUGUGGUGCGACAUCUUCCUGGCUCUGGAUGUCCUGUUCUGCACCUCCUCCAUCGUCCACCUCUGCGCCAUCAGCCUGGACCGCUACUGGUCUGUCUCUCAGGCCAUUGAGUACAACUCCAAACGCACCCCUCGCAGGAUCAAGUGUGUCAUCCUGAUCGUGUGGCUCAUUGCUGCCUUCAUCUCCUUCCCUCCCCUGAUAUCCAUGAACAAGAAGAAGGCCCAGCCCGGGGAGGAUGCGUACCCUCUGUGUGAGCUCAACGAUGAGAAGUGGUACAUCCUCUCCUCCAGCAUCGGCUCCUUCUUCGCCCCCUGCGUUAUAAUGAUCCUGGUCUACAUCCGGAUCUACCAGAUCGCAAAGCAGAGGACCAGGCAGCUGCCUGGGGACCACGCCAAGGCCGGGGCAGAGAUGCAGAAGCAGGCCAGCAUGGAGGACAAGAUCGAUAUGAAGCCCGACACCAACCAAAACGGGCACCACCAUGACCAGCACCUCAAACUGAGCUCCUCGCCAGCACAGAACGAAACUGUGGUGCUGCAAAACGGGCACCAGAGAAGCCGCUCCUUUCCUCCAACCCAUCUCCGGGUGCCCACUCCAGAAAUCCAACUACGACAACAGCCCCCAGUGCCUUCUCUCCUUUCUUACUCUCCGAAGGGGGGUUCAAUGAAACUCCAGGAAGCCCCCAGACCUUGCACCGAACUGGGGUGCCUUUCUGCAGGGGGCCAGCAGGCAAGCACAGGGAGCGGAGUUGGAAGAAAGGGAAGGCGGCGUCAGGUGGUGACCCCCAAUAAAAAAGGGGAGAACUUGGAUGAUUCCACUUCCAGUUCAGAGCCAGGCGACGUCGACCUUGUCCAGGGAAUUAACGGGAGAAACAGGAACAUUGUGCAUGAUGGAGGUAACGGCGGUAUCUCCCCAGGCAAUGACACAGUCGAGGGCACCUCACCAACCCCCAUCAAAAUGGGGGACACCAUCGCCACAGCCAGAGGGGAGAUCAUCCUGGUGAGCAAACAGGCUACCCUGAGUGCCAUCCGCCGCAAAGCCAUGCAGAACCGGGAGAAGAGGUUCACUUUUGUGUUGGCAGUGGUGAUCGGGGUGUUCGUUGGCUGCUGGUUCCCGUUCUUCUUUCUCUACAGCUUGACGGCCAUCUGCCCUGCUACCUGCCAGACCCCAGAUGCCGUCUUCAAGUUCUUUUUCUGGAUCGGCUACUGCAACAGCUCCCUGAACCCUGUGAUCUACACCAUCUUCAACCAGGACUUCAGGAGGGCUUUCAAGAAGAUCCUCUGCAAGGGAAACAUCAAGGGAACCUUUUGUUGACAGUUUUCUGCCGAUAUGAAACCUUAUUGUUCACCCAAGCUAUGCUGACAGUCGUCUAUCUGAUCUGCAACCUAUCAGAAGGCCAGUAAAGAGAAUAUUAUCGUUUUGUUUUAGAGUUCAAAGAAUGACAGAUGCAUCUCCAUAAUUAGACCCUUUUUGUGACAGCUGGUUGGUUAAGCUUUUACUCUAGGAGACAGUGGUACACAGAACAGAAUGUAGAUGCUUUUCUGGAAAGAAGGGGACGUGUGUGUUGUGAGGGUGCCCUGGAGACUGUGCUUCAUGCAUGUGCCAUGCAUUCGAAACCUGUUUUAAGGAGAGCUGUUUUUUUAUUUUUCUCUAUUUGGAAUUACAUUGUAGAUGAAAAGUUGCUGCUGUGGCUUCCUGGUACCUAAUCAUGUGUUGUAACUGAAAUUCACAUCAUUGGCCCAGCUGCAAUCAUCAGACCAUGUGAUCAUCAGCUGUUUAUUAAUCAUUUUAAACAUUUUUUUAAAUUUUACUUAUCCUUAAUUUACAUUUAAAAAACAAAGUGAAAUAUAUACUAUCUAUCUAUCUAUCUAUCUAUCUAUCUAUCUAUCUAUCUAUCUAUCUAUCUAUCUAUCUAUCUAUAUCUAUAUCUAUAUCUAUAUCUAUAUCUAUAUAUAUAUAUAUAUAUAUAUAUAUAUAUAUAUAUAUUCAAUAAUACUUUAAUAAAGCAAAUGAGUGGCAAGUACAUAGUUUUGAAGCAUUGCUUAUAAAUCCUUCGACUCCUAGUUCUGAGUCUUUUUAUUAAAGAAUUAACAAAAGGGGAAUAAAAAAUACAAAGUUUAAAGACGCUCUGCGUGGAGUGCAAGAUGCGCCCUAUAGCCUGGACAUCGCCGGUUCGAGUCCAGGCUAUUUCAUUGCCGACCGAGAACGGGAGCUGCACAAUUGGCCAAGCGUCGUCCGGGGGCAGGGAGGGUUAGGUCGGCCAGGGUGUCCUCGGCUCACCGCGCACCAGCGACCCCUGUGGUCUGGCCGGGCGCUUGCGGGCUUGCCUGUAAAUUGCCCAGAGCUGCGUUGUCCUCCGACGCUGUAGCUCUGAUGUGGCUGCAUGGUGAGCCUGCAGUGCGUAUAGGAGGACAGCGUGUGUUUAUCUUCGCCCCUCCCGAGUCAGUGCAGGGGUGGUGAGCUAAACCUAAAAAUAAUUGGACAUUCUAAAUUGGGAGAAAAAUACAAAUAAUUGGCGACUACUAAAUAAUAAUAAUAAAAAAAAACACUAAGGUUUGACUAAAAAAAACAAUCCCGUUUACCAGAAUAAGUACCCAAUAAUAAACAUUUUUUAAAGAUGUGGAAUGUGGCCUUGUUUUUAAAGGAUUUGUAUGACACUGUCAUUAAAUGCAUGCAGAAUAUGGUAUAUGAAGUAUAUGGUAUAAUACCACAUCAAUUCAAUUAGAGGGUUGGUACAAACAGCCUAUCCCCAGGAUAAGCAACAGCUGUUUUUUAGAAAUCAUUUACAUUUCAAAUGAAUCACCCUGGCUUGCAUCAACUCUUUAUUUUUAGGGAGAAUCCCACAAUAACUACAGAUAGGUGCUUGAUGCAAUCCAGGGCGAUUCCCCAGUGCUGCAAAAUGCUCUAAUA